UUGUCGUCGGAGGCUGAACUACUAACGACAAAGACGCGACGGCUCGACAUAAAAACCCACAAAACCGGCGCUUUUUUAUUUUAUUUUUUACAUCUAUCACCGAGUCAGAACAAAGUUAUCUCCAUGAGUUCAUGGACUGCCUGCUGCUGAUCAAUGGUGACGUUAGUAUCGAUAGAGCCGCUGUAGGUUUUCCCGGGUCACAAACAAAGAUGGCCGACAAAGCAGCUCGAGAAGACGCGUGCCGAGAGUACCAGUCGUCGCUGGAGGACCUGACGUUCAACAGCAAGCCGCACAUCAACAUGCUGACCAUCCUGGCCGAGGAAAACCUCAACUUCGCCAAGGAUAUCGUCGCUAUUAUUGAAGCGCAAAUAAGCAAGGCCCCAUCUGCAGAGAAGCUUCCAGUUUUGUACUUAGUGGAUUCCAUAGUGAAGAAUGUUGGAGGAGAGUACCUUGCAGUGUUUGCUAAAAACCUAAUCACUUCAUUUAUAUGUGUCUUUGAAAAGGUGGAUGAAAACACCAGAAAGAGUUUGUUCAAGCUGCGCUCGACGUGGGACGACGUGUUUCCUCUGAAGAAGCUGUACGCGCUGGACGUGCGGGUCAACUCCGUGGACCCGGCGUGGCCCAUCAAGCCGCUGCCGCCCACCGUCAACGCCAGCAUCCACGUCAACCCCAAGUUCUUAAAGCAGUCUGAAGAUGCUCCGUCUCCUCAGCCGGCUCCCACUCAGCCGACACCGACUCCGCCGCCUCCGGCGGCGGCGCCGGUACCGGCUCCCCAACCGGUACCGGUCUCUGCCGUCACCGCCGCCAGCCAGUUCAGCCUGACCCAGGAGCAGCUGAUCCGGCAGCAGCUGCUGGCCAAACAGAAGCAGCUGCUGGAGCUUCAGCACAAGAAGAUCGAGCUGGAGCUGGAGCAGACCAAAGCUCAGCUGGCCGGAGGGUUUGUGAUCCCGACAGCGACCUCGGCUUCGUCUCAGAACGCAGCGGCGAAGACCGCCGGCCAAACUGCCCCUGCGGUCCGACCGUGGAUCCCUCCUCCGACUCAGACGGACGCCAAGCCGCCCACCAGAGACCCCCGGCUGAACCGCACCGGCCCCCUGUCUGCCCCCCAUCCCAAAGAACAGCACGCUGUGAAAAAAGACAGCCACUCCGUGACAGGAAGUCCGGCCCUGACGCCCGAGAAGCCCACCCGUCCGGACAAAGUCAAAACCCCGAGAAAAGAAGCGUUGGAGGAGAAGCAGAAGUCCAAAUCUCCGUCUCCGAUGGCCAAAGUCCUCCAGAGUAAAAACAAGGUGGAGCCUGAGAUCCAGAAGUCGGCGGACGGCACCAAGAAAGACCCGCGGCUGAAGAAACGCCCGCAGGACAAGAGCGGCGAGACCAAAGACGAGGAGUUGAAGGAGAAGAAGCGCUGCCCCGACAAGAAGGAGCGAGAGGAGGCGCCUCGGGGAGUCGACCCCCAGAGGUUCAACAAGGGGAAGCUGGUCAACGGCUCGGUGGGCAAACACGACCGCGUCGAGUCCACGGAGAAGAUCGAGUUCAAGGCCGGAGGCAACGCCCGCACGCACGCCAGGAAACGCACCCGCUCACGGUCCAGGUCCCGCUCGCCUGCCGGCGCCUCCUCCUCCUCCUCCCCGAAGAGGAAGGACAGGCGGUCAGUCCGGAGCAGCUCCAUGUCGCCGUCGCCGUCUCACAAACCCGGCAAACCCAGGAGGGUCGGACCAGAUCACAUCAAGCCGGGCCGAGGGGACAGGCCCGCCGCGCCCAAGAAGAACCAGCCGGACAGUAGGAGGUCCAAGAGGCCCGCGGAGGACCGGCACUCCGAGUCCAGAGACUCUCACUCACCGAGGAGCCACGACGGAGGAGGCAAGGAGGCCAAGGAGGCUCCUCACCGCUGGAGGAGCGGCUGGGAGGAGAACAAACAUCCGAAGCUUCCUGAAGACUCUCACGUGAAGCCGGGUCCCCAGAGACACAAACAGUACGGGACCCGGCCCACCACCCCCCGGACCCCGAAGCACCGCCUCAGCGUGGACGCCAACCUGCAGAUACCCGAAGUCCUCAACUCGGCCUCCAAGAAGGACCUGCUGCGGAGGGCCAGUAAGCGUCUGGAGAGCGGUGAGAUCUCCCAGGAGGACUUCCUGAACAUGGCCCACCAGAUCAAACACUUCUUCCAGUACCAGGAGGAGAAGCAGCAGCGCUCCGACGGCUGGGACGUCGACGCCGUCGUCGCAGGCGACUUCCCCGCCAAGAAGCUGCUGAGCUCGCCUCCCUCCGCCUCCGUGCCGCCGCGGCCCCGAGACAACAUGGACGCCGCGGAGUUGUCUUACUACGAGCACAAGUCCAAGCUGAGGAAGACGCAGGUCACCCACCGAGCUGCCGGGGAGGAGUGGGAGGGCGAGGAGAGUCCGGAGGACGAGGAGGAGGCGGGGUCUGGAGCAAAGACCGGCGUGAGCGGACGAAGCGCCGGUCACCUGAAAUACAGCCGGGCGCCACGGGAACGGCAAGGUGAGAGGAGGAGCAAAGAGCAGGAGGAGCCGCGGCUGAUCGAGGAGUACAACCACGGGAAAGAGUUCCCGACUCUGAAGUCUCUACCGGGCCUUCGCUUCAGGAGGAGAGCCGAGCCCAGAGAGCCCAAGAGGUCAGAGGUCAGGUUCUGGAGCAGCGUGGUGUCAGGGUCUCGAUCACUUCAGCGGGGUGAGAGAGAGUGGAACUCUCCGCUGACGGAGCGGCCGCGCUUCGACGAGCGCGAGGAGCAGAAGAGCGGCUACGACGCUCCGCGGGGUUACGGCCCGCCCGCCGACUCCAGGCUCCCCGAUCCACGGAGGCCAGAGGGGCCCCCGCCCUCGGGCACCGUGGUCCUCAGGAACUGUCCGAGCCCGGUCGGCCCCGAGGCGGUGCUGGCGACCCCGAGGUUCGAGCGCGAGCUCCUUUCGCCGCUUCACCAAAAAGACCCGUCAGAGAUGAGCCCGAUCCCUCGCUUCGAGAGCCCCAACAGUGAGCACUCUGACGACGGGCCCCUCAAUCUGGACGUCCCCACUCCUCCCCCCAAAUCCAUCCUGAAGGCCCCGCCCCGCGUGGGACCGCUGUCUUCGGUCCGGCAGCACAGCGACUCCCCAGGACACACGCCUCCUCACGACGGAGGACACCCCACGCCACGGUACGACGGACCGGGACACAUGGGUCCCGCCAGACCGCACCCUCCAGGGUGGUAUGAGGGCCCCGGUCGCUACGAUGACUCAUCCCGGUUCGAGGGGCCUCACCACCAGGGUCCCGGCAGGUUCGAAGGCCCGCCUCACCACAACAUGCCGGAGAGGUUCGACGGACCCCACAUGUCUCACGGUUUGGGGCGGUACGACGGUCCACCUCGCCCUCAGGGCCCCGGGAGGUUUGACGGUCCUAUUGGUCAGCAGGGGCCCGGACCGGGUCACUUCGAGGGCCCUAUGCAGUGUUUUGACGCACCGCGGUGCUUCGAGAACAACAUGGCUCCCGGACCGAUGGGCUUCCAGCAGCAGCAGCAGCAGCGGCGUUUCGACGGCGCUCCAAACCAGAUGGGGCCGAUGAGGUUCGAGGCCCCCGGUCAGCCGGGACCCCGGUUUGACUUACCCAACGUGGCCCCCCAUCAGGGCGGACCCCCGCUCUACGAGUGCUCCCCUGGCCAGCAGGGGCCCCUGAGGUUCGCUCCCCAACACAACCUGCAGCCCCCCCCCAUGAGGCCCAUCUACGACAACCCCAUCCCCCCCCAGCAGAACUUCAGCAUGAACCCCCAGCGGUUCCCGGAGCCCAUGAACCCUCAGUUCCCCGCUGGGCCGAUGGCGUUCCCGGCUCAGCAGGCGGGAAACUUCAACAUGCAGCAGGCUCCGCCCUUCAAUCAGCCAGGCCCCGCCUCCUUCUACAACCCCGCCGCCCCCGCUGCCGUCGGCAUACAGCAGCCGGUGAACAUGUUGGGGAACCUCAACCAGUCCUUCCUGCCUCAGAACCCAGUGCCUUUCGGACAGCAGACUCCACAGGUCGCCCCCCCAGAGAACCACUUCGGUCAGGUUGACGUCAACGACCUGCUGUCCAAACUCAUCUCCAACGGCAUCAUCAAGCCCUCGCAGCCCGACGCCGCACCGACCGCCAGCGCCGAACCCACCACCACGCCUGUGGUAGCUCCGCCCCGGGUGGUGGUGGAGGAGGAGGAAGAGGAGGUGGAGGAAGAGGAGGAAGACAACAUCCCCGACCUCACCAGCUUCAACGUCGACGACUUGAAACAGCGCUUGGAGAGCGUGGUGACCAAGCUGUACUCGGGGAACCAGUGCUGCCUGUGCAGCAUGAGGUUCACCACGGCUCAGACCGACCUGUACGCAGACCACCUGGACUGGCACUUCAGGCAGAACCACGCCGGCAAAGUGGCCAGCAAGAAGAUCACGCACCGCCGCUGGUACUACGGCCUCCGGGACUGGGUCGAGUUCGAGGAGAUCGCCGACCUGGAGGAGCGAGCCAAGAGUCACUUCUUUGAGAAGGAGAACGAGGAGGAGGUCCAGAAGAGCCAGCAGGCCGCCAAGGAGAAGGAGUUCCAGAGCGUGAAGGCCACCAAGGACCAAGUGGGAGAGUUGUGUGAAAUCUGUCAGGAGCCGUUUGAGACGUACUGGGUGGAGGAGGAGGAGGACUGGUUCCUGAAGGACGCCCUCAGGGUGGACGACAAGAACUUCCACCCCGCCUGUUUUGAAGAUUAUAAAAAUACGUCGUCAUAUCUCGACGUCACGCCGUCGCCCAGCAAGGUGCUGACCGACCACCCGCUGAGCGCCUUCAUUAAGAGAGAAGAAGAAGAGGAGGAGGAGAUCACUUCCUGUGCUGUGGCUGCUGCUGCUGCCACCUCAGUCAAACAGGAAGUAGAGUCUGAGGCGAGCGAGCUCCCUGCUGUGAAGAAAGAGGUUUUAACAGACGAUCAGAGUAAAGCGUAACCGUGUUCGGUGUUUUUAUCGUUCCUCCUCAACGACAUAAACUUCAAUACAUUUUUGUAUUUGGAUUCUGCGCGACCAUUUGUGGUCUCUUCCUGUUUCUCUGUGAAUUGAAACUGUUUAUUGAAAAAGAAGAAGAAAUGUUUUGUUUCCUUUUUUUCUUUUCUGUGAGAUCAAAGAUGUAAAUGAUUUAAUUUAUAAAUUAAAGUAUUUUUUGGUAUCUCUGGUGUAACAGUGAUUUGAAUCGCCUGUCUGUAAAUAUUGAUCGAUCGGGUUAAAUGGCGGGUAGCUGCGUUUAAAGGUAAGCGUCUUCUGAUUGGACGACAGGAGGCUCCGCCUCCUCUUCAGGAAUCGUUCUUCGGAGGAUCGAAGUCUUUUUGUUUUUGUUUUUCUUUGGUCUUCAAUAAAAGAGUCUGAAACUU